AUGGCGGACUACAAGACCUCCCCAUGGUUCUCCACUCUUUUUCUUCUAACUUGUGUACAUACUUUCUCGUUUAUAACGGUAACCAUUGUCCAGUUCAGCAAUCUUAACCAGAUCGACGGUCUUGAUACGGCAUUGAAAAAUGGACUCCAGAACUUGUACAGUCGCUUCGACGAGGAUCCUAACAUAAACAGCAGAGUGAAAAGAGCUUCAACUUUUAUCUCAGACCUUCUUUCCGCACAGGCCCAGGUUCUGGAGCAACAUUGUCUGGAUCAUAAUAAGACUUGUCCUAAUGGUGCCCCUGGUAGCCGAGGUGUGGAAGGUCCACAAGGGGACCAGGGACCAAAAGGAGACCGCGGUCCACCAGGACCAGUGGGACAGUCGGGCAAGGCAGGGCCCAAAGGAGAUCCAGGUUCCCUUGGGGCAAAGGGCAUGAAGGGAGACCCAGGAUUACAAGGUGACAACGGACCACGAGGACUACAGGGUGCUAAAGGUCAGAAAGGUCAACGCGGUGAUAAAGGUCAAAGAGGAAUUGAAGGAAGUAGUGGACCGAAAGGAAGUGCAGGUCUACCCGGGUCAAAGGGCAACUAUGGUGAUACUGGUGACACUGGAUCAAAGGGCAGUAAAGGAACCAUUGGAUUGCAGGGCCCUGCUGGUACCAAAGGGGCGCCUGGGGUACAAGGUUCUGCCGGAACUGACACGCGGAUGUUGUCGGAUGGCUGUUCCUGUAUACUGGUCGAUCCUUUAAUCACGGGUGGACGUUACAAUAAGUCACCUCACAAAGCGGUCGAUCCGUUAAUCACGGGUGGACGUUACAAUAAGUCACCUCACAAAGCGGUCGAUAAAUUUAUUACGCGUGGACGAUACGAUAAGUCACCUCACAAAGCGAUCGAUCCUUUAAUCACGAGUGGACGUUACAAUAAGUCACCUCACAAAGCGGUCGAUCCUUUACUCACGAGUGGCCGUUACAAUAAGUCACCUCACAAAGCGGUCGAUCCGUUAAUCACGGGUGGAUGUCACAAUAAGGCAUCUCACAAAGCGGUCGAUCCUUUAAUCACGGGUGGACGUUACAAUAAGUCACCUCACAAAGCGAUCGAUCCGUUAAUCACGGGUGGACGUUACAAUAAGUCACCUCACAAAGCGGUCGAUAAAUCUAUUACGUGUGGACGAUACGAUAAGUCACCUCACAAAGUGAUCGAUUCUUUAAUCACGGGUGGACGUUACAAUAAGUCACCUCACAAAGCGGUCGAUCCGUCAACCACGGGUAGACGUUACAAUAAGUCACCUUACAAAACGGUCGAUCCUUUAAUCACGGGUGGACGUUACAAUAAGUCACCUCACAAAGCAGUCGAUCCGUUAAUCACGGGUGGACGUUACAAUAAGUCACCUCACAAAGCGGUCGAUAAAUUUAUUAUGUUAUUACGUGUGGACGAUACGAUAAGUUACCUUACAAAGCGGUCGAUCCGUUAA